AUGCUCAGCGUGGCCCAGCGUCUUCAGGCCGAGGUCAGAGUGCUGUGCCUCGUGUUGACCUACCCUGGGCAGCACCGUAGCCGCGCCCUCCCCGUCCACCUUACCUGGGCUAGACGCUGCUCCCAGGUGUAUUUCAUCACCAACAACGCAACCAGUCACAAGGAAGAGGAGGAGGAGGAAGAGGAGGAAGAUGAGGAGAGGAAGAAGAGGAAGAGGAGGAGGAAGGAGGAGGAGGAGGAGGCUGUGAGGACUCUUCCUUUCCUCUUUGCUGAUGAUGCUGAUGAGGGGAAGAGCGGUUUGUGGGAGAAGACGAAGUUCGCCUUCAGCCACGCACACAGGAACCAUCUUGAGGAUUUCGAGUGGUUCCUGAAGGCGGAUGACGACACCUACGUUAUCAUGGAAAAUCUACGCUACUUUCUACAUGACAAGGACCCCGAGCUACCUCACUACUUCGGCUCACACUUCACCCCCUAUGCCCCCAAGGGCUACAUGAGCGGCGGUGCAGGCUACGUGCUGAGCAGAGGGGCGCUGAAGGCCUUCCAGAGACAGACAGACAGCGACAGCAACAACAUCAACAACAACAACAACAACAACAACAGCAAUACGAUAUACACGGAAGAAGAUGUUGAAAUGGGUGGGGUGCUGGCGCGUGCAGGAGUCUACCCCGGGGACUCCAGAGACCAGAAUGGACUGCCCAGGUUCUUUCCAUUCUAUCCUUCCUUCCUGCUGGCCGAGAAGGAGCCCGAGUUUUGGUACUGGAAGACCCUUGCACACGACCACACCACGGGUCUGGGGUGCUGCAGUCCACAUACGGUCUCCUUCCACUACGAAUACGGGGAUCUUCUCUACGAGCUGGAGUUUCUAAUCUACCACUUGAAGCUCUUUGGCGUGGACGGGAGAGCGGAGAAGUGCUGACAGAGAUAGAGAGAUUGAUAGAGUUGUGGGUAGGCAGGAAGACAGGUAGGUGGGUAGAUUAGUAGAUACAUGGAUGAGCAGACAGAGUUAUAGGUAGGUGGGUAGAUUAGUAGAUACGUGGAUGAGUAGACAGAGUUAUAGAAAGGUGGGAAGACGGGUAGGUGGAUAGAUUGAUAGAUAAGUAAAUAGACAGAGUUGUAUUUAGACAGGAAGACAGGUAGGUGGGUAGAUAGAUUGAUAGAUAAAUUAAUAGACAGAGUUAUAGGUAGGUGGGCAGACAGGUAGGUGGGUAGACUGGUAGAUAGAUGGAUGAAUAGACAGAGUUAUAGAUAGGUGGGAAGACAGGUAGGUGGGUAGACUGGUAGAUAGAUGGAUGGAUAGACAGAGUUAUAGAUAGGUGGGAAGACGGGUAGCUGGGUAGAUAGGUAGAUAGAUAAAUGAAUAGACAGAGUUAUAGGUAGGUGGGUAGAUAGAUUGAUAGAUAAAUGAAUAGACAGAGUUAUAGGUAGGUGGGAAGACGGGUAGGUGGGUAGAUAGGUAGAUAGAUAGAGGUAGAGGCAGUGCUGACAGAGGUAAAUAGACAGACAAAUAGAUAGAUAUUGAUAGACAGAUAUAUAGUUCAUAAUAUGCAGUCAUCUCCGAGCGGCCUAAGACUACCCACAUGCUGUCCUGAAAACCACCUAUCAACCCGGACUCUGGCGACACUCUACCACAAGACUAAGGAUGUUCUGGUGUACGCGGGUUCGAUUCCAGCUAUUAAAAGUGUGGAAAAUGACCUCCAUCGACCGGAACUUAAAAGAAACAUCAAGUGAAGCUUCAAAAAGAGGGUUCGAACUACCACAUGAAGCAGUUCGAUACGGAGGAGGCGGUGCAGCUGAGAGAGAGAGAGAGAGAGAGAGAGAGAGAGAGAGAGAGAGAGAGAGAGAGAGAGAGAGAGAGAGUACGCGGGUUCGACUCCAGCUAUUAAAAGUGUGGAAAAUGACCUCCAUCGACCAGAACUUAAAAGAAACAUCAGUGAAGCUUCAAAAAGAGGGUUCGAACUACCAUAUGUGAAGCAGUUCGAUACGGAGGAGGCGGUGCAGCUGAGAGAGAGAGAGAGAGAGAGAGAGAGAGAGAGAGAGA